UAUUCCUCUUUAUAUUUUUGCUGAACGGGCCAGCUCUAUCCCCUUAACUAACAAAGCCCUUUAUCGAGGUCAAUCUCCCCCGUCUCCACUCAGUGAAACGCUCAGGUUAUUGCUCCCCUCGCCUUGCUCGCACCACCAACACCAACCCUUUCCUCUCCGUCGCUGUCUCCUUCUCACCACGCAGCUCGCCGUCAGGAGGAACACAACGCGUCCCACCCUCGCGAAGGUUUCGAUCUAUGUUCUCCUCACUCGUGCGCUCCCGAAAAGCCCGUCAGUCGGAGCGUACGCCGCUUCUCGCUGCUCUCAGCAGGUAUCGCAGCCGUUAUGGCGACGGCCACCACAGCGCCUCCGAGCGCGACCACGAGAAUCCCCACGACAAUAUGCCACACUCCGAAAGCGAAGAGGAAGAUGACCAUCACGACCUCGACGGCCGAAGGGCUGACCCAUUACUACCUGUCUUUUCGGAAUUUUUAGAUCGAAUCCCAAUUUACAAUACCACCCACGCCAUACGCAUAGUCAUAAUGCAAAAAUGCGAGACGACGCUCUCCUGGGACCAGCUUCGAUCACCUCAAGUCUCCCAAUUCCUCGUGAAACCAAUCCAACAGCAGAUCCUGGCAAACCAUUUCUCUCGGGGUACCCUCUAUUGUUUGCUCGCCAAUUCCCUACAAUUUCGCAAGGAAGGGGAGGCAAACCCUGGAAACGUGGGAGUGAGCAAGUCUAGGGCUCUCAUAUGUGAAUUGCUGGCUAUGCGAUUGUUGAAGGAGUUCUCCACCCGCGAACUCAUCGACGCCUUGUCAUACGACUUCGAUCCCCUGCAAGGACUUAUAACUCCUGGAUUACCCGGCACGGCCACUCCAGGUGGAGGUUGGAUGAGGCAAACUCCCCGCUCUGCCCGCAUAUCCACUCUUGAGGUUGCUAUUCGUGCACAGUCCAAGAAAUUUCUGGCGCAUCCUUUGGUUGUCCAACAAUUAGAGGCGAUCUGGGCAGGCUCGAUCGUUUUCCACUCAAUAGCAGACAACCUGCAUCGCAAACCAGACACUCCUACGGGACGAGCCACGCCAUAUGAGACUAUAUCGCCUGGUGGCGGUCCCUCUCGGAGACUCUCUCCAACAAAGCGACCAGGCCAGCAGCAACCCGUUCAUUCGACGCGACGCACGGUCACUUUAUAUGAUCCUCAUGAUGCUUCCCUUUUCAAAUUAUCCCGACUUCGUGUUCCGCGUUAUCGGAAUCUAUUCUCGACAAUCUCAUUCGGAAUCAUGCUGGGCCUAUUCCUUGCUGUGCUCAGCGAGAAGUCGGACGACAUAACCGGCCUGGAAGUGCUCUUCUGGUUCUGGAGUGCUGGCUAUAUGCUCGACGAGAUUGUAGGGUUCUCGGAACAGGGAUUUGGACUUUACAUUAUGAGUGUUUGGAAUGCCUUUGAUCUCGGCAUUCUGCUCAUGUUCUUGGUAUAUUACGUUCUUAGGCUAUAUGGCAUCCUUAUGCCCGAUGUCUCAUCGAAACACAGUAUAGCUCGAAUGGCAUACGAUGUGCUCGGCGCAUCUGCUGUGCUGCUGUUCCCACGCCUUUUCUCUGCCUUGGACCAUUAUCGAUAUUUCUCACAGCUCCUGAUCGCCUUCCGGAUGAUGGCUAUGGAUUUGGUGGCGAUCCUGGUUCUCAUUGUCAUUAGCUGCAGUGGAUUCUUCAUCGCUUUCACUUUUGCUUUUAAGAAGGACCUCGGUGCCGGCAGUGCAGCUUACGCGCUGUUCCAACUAUUGAUGGGUUUCACGCCUGCAGCAUGGGAUCUUUGGCCGGAUUACAAUCCUCUGGGGAGAACGCUACUAACAUUGUUCCUCUUCAUCUGCCACUUCCUCAUUGUUACCAUCCUUAUAACCGUAUUGACCAAUAGCUUCAUGGCCAUCAUUCAGAACGCCAACGAGGAGCACCAGUUCCUCUUUGCGGUGAACACCAUCUCCAUGGUCAAGUCAGAUGCCUUGUUCUCCUACAUCCCGCCAACCAAUAUCAUGGGCUGGCUUGUCAUACCCCUGAAAUACUGCAUGCCCUUCAAGACAUUCAUUCGCCUCAACCGAAACAUCAUCAAACUAACGCACAUCCCGAUUCUUUUCACCAUAUUCGUUUACGAACGUCUCGUACUCUCGCACUUUGCGUAUGGUCCAACCGAUCUGGUGGAGCAGCGGGGUCGGUCUAAGUCUAAGGGUCCUGUUCCUGCCUUCAGCAUUCGUGGACCUGCAGAUUUGUUCAGCCCGGGCACUAGGCUGAGGGAGCCCUCCAUCACCACAUUCCACAAAGACCGUGCUCUUGAAGAAGUGUUCCGUCGUCCUUUCCGGGAUCCUAGCAUCCAGGCUACUACUCAGUAUCCCACCGGCAGGAGGAAUUCAAGCAAUGUUGUCUCAGAUUGGAUGAAGGGGAUGGGCAAUGAUGGUGAGGCUUUCCCGCCUCAGGAGGACACCCGCUCGGUUCUCGAUCGCCUAGAAACCCGCAUACGACCUGGUUUACGCCGAACGAAGACCGCUGGGCACGUCUCUGCCAGACGCAAGCACCAUCUGGCCACCACCAAGACUGCAGCAUCUGAUCCUGACGAAUUGGGUACACCGUUGAGCCAUCCAAUCGCCGAGGAGCCCGAGCCUGCUACAAACAUGGACGACUUGCCACAGCAGACUGAUGCCGAUGGAGACGACGAGCUUCUGACGAAUGAUGAAGACGAUAAGCAGACCCCCGAUCGCAACAACGGACGCAACCUCAAUCAAUCCAACAAGGAGAAUCGGCCACGUACAGGCUAUGUAUCGUCAGACGAAGAUGAAUACUUCCGCACGCCUAUGACGGCCAAGGGGCGAACACCAGUCCUAGCCAGCUCUCCGUCAGCAGCUAGCCAUUCCAUUGCUGCUCCGCUUUCACCCAACAAGAGAUUCGUCCGCCAGAAGCCUUCUCAUAACCGAAACCUCUCCACCAAUACGGUUCUAUUCAGCCCGACAAAGGAAACCGUUGAACAUGUGUCACGCUCACCAUCGCCAGUCAGACGUCCUAUGACAGGUAUGCGUAGCGGAACAGCGACACCGGGCCGCCUUGGCGGACAUCGGACGCCCAAGCGAGCCCCAGCCGCCAUUCCCGCGACACGACCCCGGCCCAUUAUGCCCCCUCACGAUUCAAAGCGAAACUCCGCGAACCUAUCCAACCUCCUCGCGCUCGACCAACGCAGACGGGGCCCCUCCUUCACCGCAAUGGCGCUCGAUCUCGCCUCCGAUUUAGGCGACAACAGGCACGCCCCAGAUUUCGGCAACCUGAACGCGCUCCCUGCAUCCUUCACCACGCAGCUCGAGAUGGCGGCCAGGAUGAAGGCCCGCCAGGGCAGCGACGAGGAAAGCAACCGCAUGAGCCGCAUCAUGCUCGCCCGCAUGACGACGCUCGAAGAAGGCUUCCGCGACGUCCUCAAGGAGGUCAAGGGCCUGAAGAAGGGCAGCGAGGAUGGGGGUGGCGGCACCAGGACGGGAACCCACAGCCCGCCUUCCCAGUACGCUUCCAACGAACCGAGCAAGAAGAAGGGAAAGCAGAAGAAACGGAGCAUCAGGCGCGGGGAGAUGGAACCGGGGCGCAUGGGCUCGAGCUUGUGAAUCGGCGAACUACCUCUAUAUCCCCAUCCUCUCCAUCAUUCCAUCUCGACUCU